AGCCUUUCGAACGAGUUCACCGUAGCCCAGUAUUUUGCAAGCCUCCUUCCGAGCGGCCCCUGUGGUGUGUCCUUGUUGGCCAGUUCAGUGUGCAACGCCAGGUGUGCGAAACCGCGAAAACGAUAAAAGGAUAGUGUUUGCGAAGCGACAGCGCGCGCCAAGUGCAAAAAAGAAAAUAAGCAAAGAACGCAAAGUGCCGAAAGUUGUACGUUCCCAUUCCUUUAAGCGUGUUACGUGUGUUAAAUAAAACCAAAUAAAAAAUGUGCGACGAAGAAGUUGCUGCGCUGGUCGUCGACAAUGGCUCCGGAAUGUGCAAGGCUGGGUUCGCCGGCGAUGAUGCUCCACGUGCCGUGUUCCCGUCGAUUGUCGGACGCCCGCGUCACCAGGGCGUAAUGGUCGGUAUGGGCCAGAAAGACUCGUACGUCGGCGACGAGGCUCAGAGCAAGCGUGGUAUCCUCACGCUGAAAUACCCGAUCGAGCACGGUAUCGUCACCAACUGGGACGAUAUGGAGAAAAUCUGGCAUCACACGUUCUACAACGAGCUGCGUGUUGCCCCGGAGGAACAUCCGGUUCUGCUGACGGAGGCCCCGCUCAACCCGAAAGCGAACCGCGAAAAGAUGACGCAGAUUAUGUUCGAAACAUUCAACACACCGGCCAUGUACGUCGCCAUCCAGGCCGUGUUGUCGCUGUACGCUUCCGGUCGUACGACCGGUAUCGUCCUGGAUUCCGGUGACGGUGUCUCCCACACCGUGCCAAUUUACGAGGGCUAUGCUCUGCCGCACGCCAUCCUGCGUCUGGAUUUGGCCGGUCGCGAUCUCACCGACUACCUCAUGAAGAUCCUGACCGAGCGUGGUUACUCCUUCACCACCACCGCUGAGCGUGAAAUCGUGCGCGACAUCAAGGAGAAGCUGUGCUACGUGGCGCUCGAUUUCGAGCAGGAAAUGGCAACGGCCGCGUCGUCCAGCUCGCUGGAAAAGAGCUACGAGCUGCCCGAUGGUCAGGUGAUCACCAUCGGCAAUGAGCGCUUCCGCUGCCCGGAGGCCCUCUUCCAGCCGUCCUUCCUGGGUAUGGAAGCGUGCGGCAUCCAUGAGACGACGUACAACUCGAUCAUGAAGUGCGAUGUGGACAUCCGUAAGGAUCUGUACGCGAACACCGUGCUGUCCGGCGGUACCACCAUGUACCCGGGCAUUGCCGACCGAAUGCAGAAGGAAAUCACCGCGCUUGCCCCGUCGACCAUGAAGAUCAAGAUCAUCGCCCCGCCCGAGCGCAAAUACUCCGUCUGGAUCGGUGGAUCGAUCCUUGCGUCCUUGUCGACAUUCCAGCAGAUGUGGAUUUCGAAGCAGGAGUACGACGAAUCCGGCCCAUCGAUCGUGCACCGGAAGUGCUUCUAAGGAGAUGGAUGUGUGCCCUACACACUAUUCGUCCCCAUCCUUUUUUUUUGCACAUCGUGUUUUUUCUUCUUCCUUCUACCCCUCCCCCCUUUCCCACCCCUGUUCGUUGCCGUCGUUCCCGUGUGUGUCGGUCC